UGAGCACAUGGCUCUAUUUGCUUCCAGGAUAAUUUGCAUGAUGAAGAGAAGACUGUCAGUUUUUAAUCUACCUCAAAGCCAUUUAGCAUCAGUGUGCACAAGACUGCGAUAAGCCAGAGGAAGAGAACACUGUCUUGCAUCUGCCACUGAAGCACGAAUCAGCCGCAUUAUUGAGGACCUGGCUUCAAUUUAAAAGGCUUUGGGUGCCCUUCACCCAGACAAAGAGAGACAAACAUUGUUCAGGUCAUUUCAAGGUAAUAACUAUGGGAAUUCUAACUCAAAUAUCAAUUUUAGUCCUUCUCUUUGAGGUAAAUGUCUUAUCUCAAGAUUUUUAUUUAGACCCAGAUACAGAGCCCCCUUUAGUAAAACUGCCCACUUUUUCCUAUUCGGUUGAUUCAGGCUUAUAUUAUGGUCAGUAUGUUCAAUAUUCCUAUGAGUGUGCCAGCCAGUGCUUUUGUCCGCCUUCCUAUCCUUUUGCAAUGCACUGUGACAACAGGAAUCUGAAGAUCAUCCCCAAUGUCCCGCAUCACAUCCGUCACCUCUACCUUCAGUUCAACAGCAUCGAAGCUGUGCGUGAAAGUUCCUUUUUCAAUGCAACCUCUCUCACAGAAAUCAAUCUGAGCCACAACAAAAUAAAGUCCUCUGCUGUCGACCGAGAUGUGUUUGUAAAGAUGAAGAACCUUCUCAAACUUCACUUAGAGCACAACAAUUUGGAAACUGUUCCAGCGCCUUUGCCCAGCACCCUUCAAAGACUCUCUGUCGGUUUCAAUCAGAUUUCUAAGCUGUCAGCAGAUGCCCUACAAAAUCUGCUCAACCUAACGAUGCUUGACCUCUGCAAUAACAAACUCACAGACUCUGCAUUUAAGGGGAAAAUCCUUUUGAGAAUGAAAAGCCUGAUGCAAAUUAACUUGUGCAACAAUAAACUGAAAUCCAUGCCUACAGAUCUCCCAGCGUCCCUCAUGCAGUUGUCCCUGGAGAACAAUUUUAUAUCUUCAAUCCCAGUGGAAUAUUUUAAGAAAACGCCAAAUCUCAUGGCCCUAAGAUUAUCCUAUAACAAACUGCAAGAGGUUCCCUACAAAGUCUUCAACCUAUCUAGUCUGAUGGAACUAAACCUGGGCUUCAACAAACUAACCAAAGCUUUCUUCAUUCCAAGAUCCCUGGAGCAUCUGUACCUCAACCACAAUGAAUUUGUUGAUUUGAAUGUUUCAUUGAUGUGUCCCUCAAUUGAUUACGCCAAGCCGAACCUGCUCACCUACAUUCGUAUUGACCAGAACAAGCUGAAAGACCAGUUAAAUAACUAUGUAUACACAUGCUUCCCCCGCAUCCAGAUCAUCUACUAUGGGGAACAGAAAGUCAUCCAACAUAACAUAGAACCUCCGGUAUUUAAGCCUGUGCUCCCUCGUUUUUCUGAAACUCUAACGCUUGUGCCAGCAUCAGAUCCAGUACUAUUAGAAAAAGAAUACACUUAGACAGAAAGUUGGUACAGUUAAUUUCUGUAUUAUACAACAAGGGUGGUAUUCAAAGAGCUAUUUACCAGUACAGUUUACCCUUGGGUGCCAUGUAUCUUUUGAAUACUGUUGGUUAUUAUUAAAUAACAGUAAAUAAAGCAGUAUACCAAAGAUUUAUGAAAGGCUGAACAAUGAGAAUAAACCCAAUUGUUAAUCAUGUAAAGGGGAGAGAUGAAUAUUGCACAGAAUUAGCACUUUGUAUUCAGCCUUAAAGCUUGACCCUACCUUAAAAAGACUGGGUUAGGACCAUAAAAUACAACGUAAUCUAACUGAAAAGUGUACUUUGAAUACCAUUCUGAGCACGUAUAGGGGUAGAACAAUUAUAUUAAAUAAGCUAAAAGUUAUGCAUGAUAUUAAUUGCUAAAUUGCUGUAAACAACUGUAGCCUGUGCACUUUCUAAUUUCAACAACAAUUUUCUAAUUUCUUAAAGAACAAAAAAGACAAAUCGAAAGUCCAUUCAUUCAUACAGCCAAGGGUUUCUGGAAUUUUCAAGUUCUCUCUCAGACAGACAGAGUGAUUUGAUGUCUGUCUAAAACUGAAUCCCUGACGUGUUGUUUCCUGAUGGGAGAACUGUAUUGUAGAAAUAUUCUAGAUGCAGACCUACAGUGUGAGCAAAACAGAAACCAUAAAUCUGCUCAUACAUGUGACCCUUACAGCGUGAAGCACUAUCAAAGGGGCUCAUGCAAAAGUACUAAAUUGGGGGGCUCCCGAGUGGCACACCCAGUAAAGGCGCUCCGCGUGGAGAUCACUGGUUCAUAUCCAGGCUAUGUCAC